AAGCAGCAACUCUCUCUUCUCCUUCCCAACAGGCUGCAAAUCCCCUAUGCCACAGCGGUCAAACCCUCGCCUCGCUCCAGGGACCGCAGCUCCGUUUGUGGUUCCUUGGGGAGAGGAUAAGACGCUCCUUAAUGGGGGUUUUAUGGGUUUUGUACUAAGAGCAAAUAAACCCCAACUCUGCUCAGUUUUUCCCCUUCGUGGCAGCUCAUGGUUAUGUAAUAUUGCUGUGCUAUUAAGGCUGUGGAAUUAAGAGCAGCUGUGAUUGAGGGUGAGGUGGGUAUUAAUUGAUGGGCAGAUGAAGGUGCAGAGGUUGCGGGCUGGGAAACUUUGAUGGGGAGGUGGUUGCCCAUGUCCUGCUUCUCUCUUCCUCAUGCAGCUAAGGGGUUUGGGGCAGGGUUAAUGGGGAUGCCGGAGUGGGAUGUUGGGGGGUUACAAUAGUGCUUUGCUCAUAAGGGGCUGUUUGAUUUCUUGUGGCUCUGUCCCACACCGGCUUCCCUGCCAGAAAGGGGAUACAAUGCUCAACGCUCCCUCCCACCAGGAUCCGGCUGCUGGAACCCCCCCUUUCCCAGCAUCACAUGUCCCUGGGCCAGAGGGAUGUAUCCCAUCCCAAACCCAGCACUGAACAAGUCACAGCCAGCUCCCAAAAUAGCUGCCGAGUGGGAAACAGGCUUUCAGGCUGGAUUAAUUUUUCCUGGUUAUUGUCUGGCUGCGAGUUCACAACCCCGCCGUGAGCCCACAAAACACGGCUCAUGUGUUGCUUGUUAUUUUUGCUUGACUGGGAUUUGCUGAGCCAUAAUCAAAGUAGUUCCUAGUCCCGCAUUCCCUGGUGUCGCUGGGGAAGGUUAAAACUGCUUACUAAUGACAGGGUGCUCUCGCUGCCGGCUGCUCUUUGUCAGCCUUGUUUUAUGGGUAAACUGAGGCACUGAAAGGCUGGGGCAACAUUUCACUGUGCCAGGCUCAUUAAUUUUGGGUGCAUAAAAUAAAGCAUCUGAUAACACCAGCUCCGUGGGUACCUUCAGGGAUUAAAUAGCCAAAUGCUUGGUGCCGCAGGGCUAAGGGACUUGCUUAUAGCAAAAUCUGAAGUGGCUGAGCUGGGGGAGAGCAACACAGAGCCUCAGUCCCUCAUCUGUGUGCAGAAAAGCUCCUUGCUCACAUUGGCAGGAAAGACUUGGCUUGUGCAUGGGAUUUUCCACUUUCAGAAGCACUUGGGAGCCUUCCCCCUCCCCACGCUCCUGGAACACACUGGGAUACGAUGCUGUCCUCACACUAAGCCCAGUGUGCAGGCAGAGGGAUGGGGGCAUGAUGUCUCUGCUCACGUGGGGAGCAGAGCGGGGGCCCAUGGAGCCACAUGGGCUGCAAGAGCAUCCCUGCAGAAGUAUUUAAGCUGUUAAAAGGCACUUUAAGGAGACGUCAUUACAAAGCAGCGCUCUGCAGAAUACAUUUGGGCUCAGAUGUGACAGUGAGAAGCAGAAGGGAUGCCACUGCAGAUGUGGAGAAGCCCCUUCUGCUCCCCCCUUGGGAAGCUGCUGUGGAUAGGUUGGAGGGGGAAUGAGCAGCUCCAGUUUUGGGCUGAUUCAGCCUUGGAGAUGCUCCCUGAAAGCAGCAGGACCCUGGGUGAGCCUCGACACAGCUGGGUUUGUCUCUGCAGGGCUGGCACGACUGAGGGUACUCCAAGGAGCCCCAGUCACCUCUGGAGACCAUGGUCACUGUGAAGGAAUGGAUCCUCCUCCUCCUCCUGGGAGCCACAUCCGUUCUAGGUCAAAGGCUUCUGAAACCAGCCCUUGGCAGGAUCCAGAUAGGACAGAAAACCUUCAGCCCGCUGGUAAUGCUCAGCUUGGAGAGUACGAGGAGCAGCUCUCGCCGGGCAGACCCGAUCUUCACCUACACCAGACGCAGUCCACUGGUGCCAGACUCAAAAAGGUUUUUGUCUCCAUGGUCGAAAUGGAGCGAGUGCUCAGCAAAGUGUGGCCAAACCGGUGUGCAGAAGCGUACCAGAUCCUGCCUAGCUGAGCGCCGCUGGGGCGUGCACUGUAAUGAAGCAACUGAGGAAGGGCGGCUCUGCAUUGGACAUGUUUGCUCAGCCUGCAACAUCACCUGCCCCAUGGGCCGUGUCAAUGCUGACUGCGAUGCCUGCAUGUGCGAGGAUGCGACCCUUCAUGGGAAGGUUUCUCUUGAGGAUGGGUCGCCUGCUGCCGAUGCCCGGGUCUACCUGCAAGCCCAGAAACUUAAGCUGUUGACAACAGCCGAUGACAGGGGCAUGUUUAGGAUCCCGGGGAUCUGUCCUGAUGGCAAAAACACCCUUAAAAUAAAGAAAGCCAAAUACGCAACAGCAACCGUCACCGUGCCUGAGAGCAACAGGAGAAACCUGGCGAUCCAAGUGCAGCUGCAGCGAUCAGGCAAACCCUAUGUUUUCAGAAGCCCUGAGGACAAAGCCAGGAGAGUGGGACAGAGUGUGUCGCUCUGCUGUGAUGCCGUUGGGAGCCCGGCUCCUGACCGCUACCUCUGGUACCACAAUGGCUCCCUGCUGGAUCCAUCUUUAUACAAAUACAAAAACAACCUGAUUCUGAAGAACCUGAACAGGCACCAUUCAGGAGAGUAUUUCUGCAAGGCCAGCAGUGCCGGGGGGUCAGCGAAGUCUCAGCCUGCCAAGCUUGCUGUCAUAGGGAGACAAGAGGCAGCCUGCGACUCCCAACCCCAAAGCCACCUCAUCCGACUUCCUCAUGACUGCUUCCAAAAAGCAACAAACACCUUCUACUAUGAUGUCGGCAAGUGCCCAGCAAAGACCUGUGCUGGGAAGCUGGAUAAGGGGCUCCGGUGUAAGGACAACGUUGCCUAUUGCUGCGGAGUGUCCAAGAUGGAAACCAGAGACAUCUCCUGUGAUGGGUACACGCUCCCCACUAAAGUUGUUGUAGAAUGUGGCUGCAAAAAAUGCACUGAGACCAAAAUAACAGUUCGAGGCAGAGCCACAGCAGCAGAUAAUGGAGAGCCACUGAGGUUUGGCCACAUCUACAUGGGCAACAAGAGAGUGAGCAUGACCGGCUACAAGGGAACCUUCUCGGUCCAUGUCCCAGCAGACACGGAGAGACUGGUUCUAACUUUUGUUGACCGGCUGCAGAAGUUUGUGAACACAACAAAGGUUCUGCCCUUCAAGGAAAACGGAGGUGCUGUGUUUCAUGAGAUCAAGCUGCUAAGAAAGAAGCCCCCUGUUACACUGGAAUCCACUGAAACCAACGUGAUCUCUUUGGGAGAAAUGGAAGAAGAUGAUCCGAUUGCCGAAUUAGAGAUUCCACCCAAUGCAUUUUAUAGGAAAAACGGAGAAGCCUACAGAGGCAAAGUGAAAGCCAGCGUGACAUUUCUGGACCCAAGAAACAUCUCAGCAGCUCCUGUGACACAAAGUGACCUGAACUUUGUAGAUGAGGAAGGAGAUGUAUUUCCACUCCGCACCUAUGGCAUGUUUUCUGUGGACUUCACUGAUGAAAAGGGCACCGAGUCCCUUAAUGCAGAGGAGGUGAAAGUUCAUUUGGAUGCUGCUCAGGUGAAGAUGCCAGAGCACCUGCAAGAGAUGAAGCUUUGGUCCCUGAACCCAGAGACAGGAUUAUGGGAGGAAGAAGGGGACUUCAACCUGGAGAAAAGCAGACGGCACAAAAGGGAGGAGAGAACAUUUUUGAUUGGGAACAUGGAGAUCAAAGAAAGGCGACUGUUUAACCUGGAUGUCCCAGAGAGCAGACGGUGCUAUGUCAAAGUCCGAGCCUACAGAAGUGAGAGGUUCCUGCAAAGUGAGCAGAUCCAAGGUGUUGUGAUUUCUAUUAUAAACACAGAGCCAGAACCAGGGUUCUCCUCCAACCCCAGAGCAUGGGGCCGUUUCGACAGCGUGGUCACUGGUCCCAAUGGUGCCUGCGUGCCUGCCUUCUGUGACGAGCAGAACCCCGAGGCCUAUGCAGCUUAUAUCUUGGCAAGCAUGGGGGGUGAAGAGCUUGAAGCUGUCCCCUCUGCUCCCAAACUCAACCCUAAUGCUGUUGGGGUCCCACAGCCGUAUCUCAACAAGCUCAACUACAGAAGAACAGACCACGAAGACUCCAACACCAAGAAAACAGCCUUCAGCAUUAACAUGGCCAAGCCAAGCCCUAAUUCCCCAGAGGAGAACAACGGCCCUAUUUAUGCCUAUGAAAACCUAAGAGAAUGUGAGGAAGCUCCACACAACGCUCCUCACUUCAGGUUUUACAGGAUAGAGGGAGACAGGUAUGACUACAACACUGUUCCCUUUAGUGAAGACGACCUCAUGAGCUGGACCGAUGACUACCUGGCGUGGUGGCCCAAGCCUAUGGAAUUUAGAGCCUGCUACAUUAAGGUAAAAAUAAAUGGACCCCAAGAGGUGAACAUAAGAUCUCGGAACAUGGGUGGGACGCACCCACGUACCAUUGGGAAGCUCUAUGGCAUCAGGGACGUCCGCAGCAUUCGGAGCUCGGAGCAGCGGGAUGUGUCGGCAGCGUGCCUGGAGUUCAAGUGCAGCGGCAUGCUCUUCGACCAGGACCGUGUGGACCGCACGCUGGUCAAAGUGGUGCCUCAAGGCAGCUGCCGCAGGGAGAGUGUCAACAGCAUGCUCCACGAGUACCUGGUGAACCACCUCCCCAUGGCUACCAACAAUGACACUAGCGAGUACACCAUGCUGGCUCCUCUUGACCCACUGGGACACAACUAUGGCAUCUACACCGUCACCGACCAAGACCCGAGGAUCGCCAAGGAAAUCGCCUUGGGUAGGUGUUUCGAUGGCUCAUCUGAUGGCACCUCCCGAACCAUGAAGAGUGAUGUUGGUGUGGGGUUGACUUUUACCUGUUCGGAGAGGAGCGCGGCAGAGCAAAGCAUCUUCGAGUCUCAGAGGAACUCGGGCCAGCAGUCCAUACUGGUUCUGCCAGGGGAGCCCUGCGUACCGAAGGCAGCCGGCAAGCCGCCAGAUCCCACAGAGGAGGAUCCCGAUGAGAGGUCAACGUCCUUCUGGAUACUAGAGCUGCAAAGGAGCCUCGGUAAAGUUGUUCACACUUGAUGAAGUAUAAUUUGAAAGUAAAACCUACCUGCUAACAACAGAACCCAAAGCUGGUAGGUGUCAUUAUUUUUGAGACAUAAUGAAGGUGCACUUUUUUCCUCCACCAGAAAGACAUAAGGCAAAAACUGGGGGCCAGUAGCUGUAGUGAGUUUGUGUCUUAUUAAAUGCAUCCAUAAAAAUCUUCUUUCUGCCUGACAUUAAACAGCUUCGUAUGAUAGCCUAAAGGGAAGACUAAACACGAUUCAAUUAAGUCAUGUACAUAAAACACCCUUCUGUUCUGCAUCUGCAGACUUUGCCAGCCCAAGUACCUGUACAGUAGUUGGUAACAUGAAAAGGAAUAAACUGAUUUCCUCAUACUGAAUUCAACUGCGAGGUUUUGUACUUGAAAUGUAAGUAUUUUAUUUAUUUCUAGCUUAUUUCAGAAUGACUGUAUUCCAGCUAAACUGCCGGCAGCUGCAUUUCUAAGAACCCACAUGCUCAACAGCACGGAGAAGCCAUGAGGAUUUGUAGGCUCAACAUGGAUAAAACGAGUUUUCUCUUGCUUCUUGCAGUAUUUGACAAGAAAAUCCAUGCUUUAAUGAUAGGGUAGGUUAAUAAAAAGAGUCAUUUUAUAA